AUGUCUAGGACGUGUCUAGGCGGCUGCCAGUGCGUCGCCUAUUCUCCCGACGGCGCGCUGCUGUUUGCUUCCGGCGGCGGGAACGGCCGCGUGCAGGUGUGGGACGUGCGGCGGCGCGUGUGCAUCCACACUUGGCACGACGCCUCGGGCGUGCGAACCACGCGCAUCGCGCUCUCCCCCGACGGCCGCUACGUGGCCACCGGCUCGGACGCGGGCGUCGUCGCGCUGUACGAGACCGCCGCGGUCGUCGCGGGCGGCGAGCCAAAGGCGCUGAAGGAGUUCAUGAACGUCCGCACCGCCAUCACGGCGCUCGCCUUCAACCACUCCUCCGAGCUGCUCGCGUUCGCGUCCAAGUACGCAAAGGCGUCGAUGCGAGUCGCGCAUUUGGCGACUCGCCGUGUCUACCCCAACUGGCCGACGUCGAAGACGCCGCUCAAGUACGUGCAGUCGUUUGCCUUCUCGCCAGGGUCGGGAUACCUCUCCUUCGGCAACGACAAGGGCGCCGCGCUGCUCUACCGCCUCAACCACUUUGAGGCGGCGUGACGGAGGCGCGGCGCCGCUCCUCGUCCGAAGCGCGGGGAGCGUCUCAUGAUUGUUGGGCUCCAGUCAGUGGCUGCCCGGCAUUACUUUUGACGCUCAUCCAACUCGUCCUUCUGGAUCCGGGUCCUCGUGUUCUUUUAUUCUGACGUACGAUGGUGAGAGAAUGCGCAAGUUGUGGCUCCAGUGGCUGUCGCGGCGUUGGCGGCUCGUCCAACUCGCUUAUAGCUAAUGUAAA